ACACCUAAAUCUGCUCGCAAAAAAGGAUUUGAGUGCAGAGUGGCACAGCAAGAAUUGUAACUAGUUAGUGGAUUAAACAGAUAAUACAUGUAACUAAUAACCAAAUAGAUUCAUAGAUUCAUUAAUCAAAAAAAGUUUAUUGAUAAUUCUCAGGUGUUGACUGUUCAGAAUGGUCUGGCCUGAUCUGUCGGACCAAAAAUAUGAUUCAAUGCAAUAAAAGAUACAACUUCAGGUACCAAGUUUAACUUCUGAGGUGGAAUUUACCUAACACAAAAUGGCAUCCGCAUCUGAACUCAGGGUUGUGAUGUUUGGAAAAAGCCAGAAUGAAAAGACGACACUAACUAACUUACUCACUGGAAAACAAGAUUGUUCUCAUCCAAGAAUGCGUGCACAAUUUGCACAUUUGCAAAGAAAACCCUUCACAGUAGUUAAAACACCAGACGUCUUCAGUCUGCCUGUGCAAAGAGUGAAACACGAGAUGAAGAAGUGUGUGGCUCAAUGUCCUCCUGGACCAAAUGUUCUGCUGCUGUUAGUGAAUCCUUGUGAUUUCAAUGAAGAAGACAGACAAAAUAUUAAGACAAUCAUAAACUUCUUUGGACAAGAUGCUUUUAAAUCCUCAAUGGUCAUCAUAACACAAAAUGAUAGGGUUGGGAAUUCCUCAGUUUAUCAACUCAUCCAAGACUGCAGACAAAGGAAGCAUAGAAUGAACUUUGAUGAACAAGAUUUUCCUGACAAUAAUUUUCAAGAGUUGAUUGAGAAAAUGGAGAACAUAGUGGGUGAAAACAGGGGACAAUAUUUGACCUUCACUGAAGAGACUGAUUGCAAGGGUGGACCUGAAUAUGCAAAAUCCACUCUUACAAGACGUGGAUCAGAAGCUUAUCAAUAUCAGAGUAAAGGAUUUCACAGGAUGGUGCCGGGUACGGCAUCUCUCAGGGUGCCGAAAAAAGAGCCUCCCAGGAUAGUGGCGAGAAAAAAGUAUCCCAGGAUAGUGCCGAAAAGAGAGUUUACGGUGAUGAGUAGAGAGUCUCCAAGGAUGGUGCAGAGUAGAGAGUGUCUCAGGAUGUUGCUGAUUGGAAAGACUGGUUGUGGAAAGAGUGCCACUGGAAACACCAUUUUGGGCAAAGAAUGCUUCAAAUCUAAAUCCAGCCCAAAGUCAGUGACUGAGUUUUGCCAGAAAGCAACAGGAGAGAUUGAUGGGCGACGUGUCGUCAUAGUAGACACCCCUGGCUUGUACGACACGACUCUGACCAAUGAUAAAGUUCAACAGGAGCUUGUGAACUGCGUCAGCUUGUUGGCUCCAGGACCUCAUGUGUUCUUACUGGUGCUGCCGAUCGGUCGCUUUACACGAGAGGAAAAAGAAACUGUGGAACUGAUCAGGGACUUUUUUGGCAAGAAGUCAGAAGACUUCAUCAUUGUCGUAUUCACCAGAGGAGAUGAUCUUAAUAAAAACCAGACGAUUGAGAGUUAUAUAGAAGAAGACACUGAGGGAUCCUUAAAAAAACUGAUAACUGAAUGUGGAGGAAGAUACCAUGUCUUCAAUAACAAUGAUCAGGAGAAUCAUUCUCAAGUUAGCCAGCUGCUGACCAAGGUUGAGGCAAUGGUGAAGGAAAAUGGCGGUGACUACUACACCUCAGAUUGGUUUCAAGCAGCUGAGGCAGCCAUACAAAAAGAAAAAGAGUUCAUGAUGGUGAAGGAACAAGAGAUACAGAGGAACCAGAGGGAUCUUGAAAGAAAACAUCAAGAAGAAAUGCGAGCGAAGGAAAGAGAAUUGGCAGAGCUAACAUCUAAACUUGAUCAAGGCAGAGAGGAGAGAGCCAACAGAAAGGAGGAAUACACCAAGACGCAGCAAGAGGAGAGGAAGAGAAGAAGAGAAAAGAGACAAGAGGAGGAAAAGAACAAGAAAAGGCAGGAUGAAUUCCAACGACACGAGUGGGAACAAAAAUAUGAAGCUUGGGAGGAAAAUCUCAAAUAUGUAUCGGAAAGAAGUGCUGUCACUGACUGGGUGUUAAUAUUGAAGGCUCGAGAAGACAUAAGAAAAGAACGAGAGGCUUGGGAGCAGGAAAGAAAGGAAUGGUGGAACAUACGAUAUCAAGAAGAUCAACAGGAACGAGAGGAGCAAAAACAACUUGAAAAGCUCAGAAAAGAGCAGGAAUUUGAAAGAUACGAAAACAAAAGAAAAGAAAAAGAAGAGAGGAUCAAAAGAGAAUAUGAGGAAGAAGAUCUCUAUCAGAACAUUGAUGAAAUAAGGAGGAAAUAUGAAGAGGAGGUCAGAAAGCAAGCUGAACAAUGCCAUGAAUUCAGACACAUGUAUACAGAGGAAGUUUUAGCUGAGAUGGAAAAGUAUGGAAAGGAGAUGGAGGAUCUGAAGCAGAGGCAACAAAACCAAAAUGCCUCAAUGAUAAAACAGUUGUGCAGAUACAAGGUAUACCAGAAAGACUUCAAUAAAUUGAAGACAAAACAAGAACAAGAAAUGAAUGAGCUGAAAUUGACACUUUUAAACCUUGAGAAACAAAAUCAGGGCAAUGAAAUCCAUGAGCUAGAGAAAAUGCAUGAGGAGGAAAUACAUAAGUGGAUACAGGAACAUGUGAAGAAAGCCAGCAAAAACAAGGCUUGUCGCAUUUUAUGAGAGGUUUUGUUUUUUUCUCACAGCGGCACAGUUUCACCUACAAAAUUGUGAGCUUUCGUUUGGAGACUUUAAAUAUUUUGUUUUUUGAGUUUUUUCUCAUGUUGACUGGUGUAUAUAGUUAGCGUAUAUACAGUUGUUCAGGUACCAUUAGUAUAUUCAACCAAUGUCUGACAUUGAAAUAACAAUAUGAUAAAUGAUGUUGUAUAGUUGUUUAAGUGCAAAUGUCUGUGAACAGAUAACAAUUGUAGUAGCCAGUGCACUGCAGCACAUCAUUUGUUUAACUUAUGUUAACUUUAAGAGCUGAUUAAGUUUAAACUGAUGCAUGUUCAAUAGCUGUAAAGUUAAGUGUAUCUGUGUAACUGUCUAACUGCAUGUUAGUAAACAUGUAUUAUCAGCUGCAGCCUGUAUUGUCAUUUAAUAUGACUUUUUCUUUUUGCACAAGUUAACAACUAACAAUUAAACUAUUUUACUUUAAGACAGGUAAGAGAUAUUACAGCAAAUGUUAAGACUAAACCUCACAAAUAAAUGAAUGUGAAAAAGAUAAUUACAUAUCUGUUUUUGUUUUACAAGGAAUGUCUAUAAAACGUGUAUAUAAGAGA